CCGAGCCCUCGGCGGCGACGGCGGCGGCGGCUCCAAGAUGGCGCAGACAAUCUUCGAGGCGCUGGAAGGAAUAGAUAACCAGACUGUUCUGGCAGUGCAGUCAUUAUGGGAUGGACAAGGGGCAGUUCCUGACCCAACUGCUCAAAGUGUCAACACACCCACCACCAUCCAGUCCUUGGAUGAUGAAGAUGUCUUUCUCUGUGGGAAGUGUAAAAAGCAAUUCAACUCAUUACCAGCAUUCAUGACCCACAAGCGGGAGCAGUGUCAGGGGAGCGCCCCUGCACUGGCUGCUGUCUCCCUGGCCACCAAUAGCAUCUAUGCGCCCUCCGUCACAUCUGUGCAGCAGGCUCCGCCGGCCAAUCGCCAGCAGAUCUCUACGUACAUCACAGUGCCCCCAUCCCCUCUGAUCCAGACUCUGGUACAAGGAAACAUUUUGGUGAGCGAUGAAGUGCUGAUGUCUGCCAUGUCAGCCUUUACGUCGCUGGAUCAGCCGAUGCCCCCCGUGCAGCCCCCUGUGCAGCCUUCUGUGCAGAGCAGCCUGAGUAUGCACUCAGGGCCUGGCUACCUCCCUCAGCCCCCACCACCUCCUCCGCCACCUCCACCAUUGCCCCCUCCCCCUCCUCCACAAGCGCCUCCCCCUCCGCCUCCUCCUCCACAGAACCUCGGGGCUCCAGGACGUCCCAACACGGGGAGCAGUGGCGUGGUAGAGGUUUACAAUACCACUGCCCCCCUGGCAGGAAGCAAUGUGGUAGAGAUCCAAGCUCUGGGGAUGCAGCCCUACCCACCUAUAGAGGUCCCAAACCAGUGUGUGGAGAAUCCUGUGUACCCCAGCCCCCCCGUGUAUAGCCCUGGGAAGCAGGGCUUCAAACCCAAAGGACCAGCCCCUCCUGCCCCUUUGACCAACACCACCAGUGGUAAUGUGGCUGCUUUCAAUUCCCCCUCCACGUUGAAGAGCCGGCGCCCCAAAAGCGAUGGUGGGCUCCAAGAAGGGAAACCCAAGUGCCAGAAACUCAAGUGUACCUACUGCAACAAGACAUUCACCAAGAACUUUGACCUGCAGCAGCACAUCCGAAGCCACACAGGGGAGAAACCCUUCCAAUGCAUUGUCUGUGGCCGGGCCUUUGCACAGAAGUCAAAUGUCAAGAAGCACAUGCAGACCCACAAGGUGUGGCCACCGGGGCAUGGGUGCACCAUCUCCCGAAACUCAGUGACUGUUCAGGUCAUGGCCCUGAAUCCCACCCAGCAAGAAAAUGAGGAGGACCCAGGGAUUAACCAACCCCCCAGGACUGUUCCCCAGCCUCAGGUCUUAGCUUCAGCUGAUGAAAGUGAGGCGGGAAAACUGGAAGCCAAGCAGGUGGUCCUCAUCGACAGCUCUUACCAGUGUCAGUUCUGUCCAAACAAGUUCAGUACAUAUUUCCAGCUCAAGUCACACAUGACCCAGCAUAAGAAUGAGCAGGUGUACAAGUGUGUCGUGAAGAGCUGCGCCCAGACGUUCCAGAAACUAGACAUGUUCCUGGAGCAUAUCAAGAGUCACCAGGAGGAGCUGAGCUACCGAUGUCACCUGUGCAGCAAGGACUUCCCCUCCCUGUAUGAGCUGGGUGUGCACCAGUACUCCCACAGCCUCCUGCCUCAGCACAGCCCCAAGAAGGAUGUCACGGUCUACAAGUGUGUCAAAUGUGUCAAUAAAUACUCAACCCCAGAAGCCCUGGAGCACCACCUUCAGACAGCAACGCACAACUUCCCCUGUCCACAUUGCCAGAAGGUUUUCCCCUGUGAGCGGUACCUUCGACGUCAUCUGCCCACCCACGGCAGUGGGGGCAAGUUUAAGUGCCAGAUAUGUAAGAAGUUCUUCCGGAGGGAGCACUACCUCAAGCUGCAUGCCCACAUCCAUUCUGGAGAAAAGCCCUUUAAAUGUUCUUUAUGCGACUCAGCCUUUAAUCGGAAAGACAAGUUGAAGCGACACAUGUUGAUCCACGAGCCAACCAAGAAAUAUACGUGCCCCUUCUCGACUCACACAGGCUGCAGUAAGGAGUUCAAUCGGCCAGACAAGCUGAAGGCUCAUAUCCUUUCCCAUUCAGGGAUGAAGAUACACAACUGCCAGUUCUGCAGCAAAUGCUUCAGCCGCCGGGCCCAUCUUGUGGAGCACCAGCGCUCCCACACCGACAACUACAAGUACCGCUGCUCCACCUGUGGCAAGGGCUUCACGCGUAACAAGUACCUGAAGGAGCACCGCUGCCGGCUGGGCCCACUCAAAGACAAAGAUGCCCAGGCCCGCCGACCCCCGAAGCAGCGGGGAGCUCGGGGCCGCAAGGCAGCCCUGCCUGACUCCUUGGGCCUGGAGGAACUCAAGGGCAGUGCUGAGGGGGCUGAGGGAGGUGGCGCAAGCAAAGACCCCUUUCCGGAGUCAGAUGCAGUACUGUCUAUUGUGGUGGGAAGCUCAGUGGGAGGGGAGCCUGAGCUGGUGGUGCCUGGGCACUCGGACAGUAUGGGCCCCAACCUGACCCUGGCGGGACUGCAGUCCGGAGCUGAGGGCCCCUGUGCCAUGUUGGCCGUCCCUGUGUAUAUUCAGACCACUGAGUGAUGAGUUGGGAGCACAUGGUCGAACCUGGCUUUACUGGUGGGGCUGAGCUCCCUGCUACUGCUGCUGCUGAGUGUCCUGGGCCGUAGUCACCCCUUCUGAGGCACAAGAAGGAGUAGUUCUCAGGCUUCUUCCCCGCCCCGAUGUGGGGAGGGGGAGGACAACAGCCUACUGGGGCCUGUCAAGGCUAGGUAGCACCCCUGAUGCAAACAGGGUGAAUCCCAGGGACUGCCUGGGGCUGGCCCAUGGUGCUGCUAUUGGGCCUGGUCCUGCCCUGGGAGACUCGGGACCUGAUGCGUGUGGGACUUGGGUUUGUGAUCCAGUCAGUAUGCCUGGUAUUUGGGCAGACGGCCUUUGUGAGGGCAAACCAAUGAUCCUUCCUACUGGAAGUAAGUCAACCAUGAAAAUCCUUUUGGAAUGUCAUUUAUAAAUACCUCACAUCCUUUAUGCUGGCUCUUACACACGUGGGGAAGCCUUUCGGCUGGGCAAGGCCAAGGAGAGGUUUUAUGAUGCUACUACCUCCUUUGACUACAGUUCUCUCAUAAUCUACCAGCCUUUGGGGCAAGAUGGGAUGGGGGAGGGGGAGGGAUGAGGAGAUGGGAGAGCUUGGGUUAGAAGGCAUGGAUGGAGGGAGCCUGGAUCCUGCCAUAGUCUAUAGGGCAAUGACUCCUCUUACCUGUUCAUGCCAUCAGAUGUGGGGUAUGGAAAGAGCCAUAAACAUUAGGACAGUCAUGGAAGAGAAGAAACUAUUGUAGAGCCUGCUGUCCUACCUCUGGCAGAAGUAAGGCAGCAGAAGUGAGGCUAACCCUGAUGCUGCUGGGCAAGGAUGGACACACACACACACACCCCCCCCCCCCCCCCCCGCCCCACCCGCCCCACCAUAAGACAAGGAGAAGCUCUAGCCGUAAAGGUGACAUGAUUCCACUAAGACUUGGCAGCCCUUCCCUUCAGUCAGUCCUUGGCUCAAGUGUACUGGGAGGGAUGAGGAGGCAGAGACAGGAUUCUUUUCUUGGUGUGCUCAGGCUGAGAGGGAAAGAGGGACUUGAAGGAGAUAGAACAGAAUCCAGAGGGUGGGGGAAGGUUCCUGUCCCCUCACAGACAUAUCAAGUUGUCUCCUAUGUCCCCACCUCCACCCCCAGUACUCACCCUGCAGCUGGACUUACAGCUAACUCAGGGUCUGUGUUUCCAAAUAAAGGAAGGCAAGGGGCUAGUGAUCCUUGUAGGAUGUUCUUCAGCGGAAUAAAUGGUAUUUGAUGAUGGAAA